UUUUUAUGUGGUAACAUCAUAUGUCUAAAUUGGAAUACAAAUGGCGGCUAUGUCCCCGUCUGAGCGGAGAUUACAAAAAGAACUAAUGUCCCUGAUGAGGGAGCCACCACCGGGAGUCACCGUGGACGGAGAUCAGGCCAGCCAAAAUCUAACACUGUGGACAGUACACAUGGAAGGCGUCCCCGGCACCCUGUACGAGGGCGAGAAAUUCGUCCUCCAGUUCAAAUUCACCAACAAGUACCCCUUCGACUCUCCAGAGGUCACAUUCAUAGGCAACAACAUACCCAUACACCCGCACGUGUACUCCAACGGGCAUAUUUGCCUGUCCAUUUUAACGGACGACUGGUCGCCGGCGCUAUCCGUGCAAUCAGUCUGUUUGUCCAUCGUAUCUAUGCUAUCAAGCUGCAAGGAGAAGAAACGGCCACCAGACAACUCGUUUUACGUUAAAACCUGCAGCAAAAAUCCUAAGAAAACGAAAUGGUGGUAUCACGACGACUCAGUGUAACCAGUAAGCACGUUGGCUGUAUCGCGCAUGGACGAUAUGUGGUCAGUGAUAGUGUCGAGUGUACAUACUUAUAUAGCGGGGCGUCGUCGUAUCGGUCGCGUUUUGUAUACAAAUACUG